GAGAACAGGAGACUACUGACGCUUUUUCAUUUCACACAUCUUCUCAGGACAGUACACGUCAGCACUCAGCGCAGCUAUCACUACAAUCAGUGUAUAAUGAAGACGCUGUUAUGGACUCUCCUGCUGAUGGGGCUGUUUGUUUCCGGACGCAGUGACUGUCAGAGAGACUGUCUCUCCUGCAGCCAAGUCCUCCCCAAAGACCACGGCUUUGACACACUGGUCUGUAUGGUGGAAUGUCGCAGCAGGGUUUCUCUGGGCCUCACAUGGGAGAGGUGUCAAGUCGCCUUGGAGGAAGAAACCCAGGGUUCACUGUCCAUCGAGAACUUGAUGUUGAAAAGAGCCGAGGAGGAAGUGGAAACUGUCCUGCCGAUGGGUCGAUCUGAUGGAGGUCUGCCGUAUUCUGGAACUCUGCAAAGGUUUGACCAUGUGGCACGAGCAUUGGGUCGAAAUGAACUCAACCAAGACGCUGCAGACUGGGAGCUAAAUAGUGACCAAGAGAGUGAACCAGUGAACCUCACCAAGCGUUUUGGAGGGUUCCUCAAAAGCAAGUAUGGCUACAGGAAGUUUAUGGACCCUGGCCGGUCUUUUCAGAAGAGAUACGGCGGCUUCAUAGGUGUCCGCAAGUCAGCCCGCAAGUGGAACAACCAGAAACGCUUCAGCGAGUUUCUAAAGCAGUACUUGGGCAUGACCACUCGAGCUAGCGAGUUCAACAGCAUGGCCACUGACACCACCCAGCAGGAGGAGGUGUGA